AUGUUUGAGAAAAAUAACGUAGAGAGAGAAUCAGUGAACCAACGACGACAGGUAGAAGAAGUUACAUUUUUUGGUAUAGAUUCAGGUUUGCAUGACGCUAUUACGAGUGGUGAUGCUAUAGCUGAGGAGAUAGGGAAACAGACAUUAUUACCUUCUUCGCAUAAUGGGAGUCCCAGGUACAGGAUACAGAAUUAUCAAGAUGCAGUGGCUAUAUGCCGAUGGGCUGGUUAUCCUGAUCUCUUUAUUACUUUUACAUGCAACCCAAAGUGGCCAGAAAUACAACACAUGUUAGGUACCAUUCAUCAAUCCGAUCCUUCUAUGAGACCAGACAUAGUUGAUCAAGUCUUUCAUAUAAAACUCAAUGAACUGAUGAAUGAUAUCAAGAAGAAUAAACAUUUCGGCCGUACAAUUGCAAUUUUAUACACAAUAGAGUUCCAGAAACGAGGGUUGCCGCAUGCUUAUAUUUCGGUAUUUUUACACCUUGAUGAUAAGAGCCCCACUGCUACACAAAUUGACAGGAUUAUAUCAGCAGAAAUUUCGAAUAAAGAAUGUGACUAUAAAGGAUAUAUGGCAGUUCAAAACUAUAUGAUUCACGGUCCUUGUGGAGUUGUAAACAACAAAUCACCAUGCAUGGUCGACAAUAGGAUCACGAAACAUUUUCCUAAAAAAUUUAAUAAUGAAACAACCAUUGAUGGGGAUGGAUUUCCUAUAUACUGGAGAAGGAAGACAAAGGCAUUUGUCAUCAAAAAGGAAGUUCCUCUAGACAACUGGUAUGUGGUUCCGUAUAAUAGGGAUUUGUUGGUAAAAUAUCAAGCUCAUUUGAAUGUUGAAUUAUGCAAUCAUUCGAGGUCUAUAAAAUAUUUCUUCAAGUAUGUUACCAAACAACCAGACAGAGCAAUUGAUGUAUUACAUCUUGGCCCAAAUGAGAUUGAUGGUCGAAAGCUGACGAAUUCUAGUAAUGUUGAUGAAGUUAAACAAUACGUAGAUUGUCGUUACAUCUCUGCUACUGAGGCGUGUUGGAGGAUCUUCCAAUUCAAUAUUAACUAUAGAGAACCAGGAGUUGAGAGACUAAGUUUUCACUUGCCCAAUCAGCAGAGUAUUAUCUUCCAAGACGAUUAUGUAUUAGAAGAUGUCUGGCACAAAGCAGAACUUCAAUGGAAGAAAAGGAGAGCAGGCAAGUGCAUUGGUCGUAUUUACUACGCACACCCAACAAGUGGAGAACGAUAUUACUUAAGAAUGUUGUUAAAUGUUGUGAAAGGACCAACAUCAUUUGAGGAUAUAAGAACUGUUAAUGGUGUGGUGUUUGAUACUUUCAAAGAGGCUUGCUAUGCAUUGGGGUUACUUGAAGAUGACAAAGAAUGGUCAGAAUGCUUAGAAGAAGUUGCGAUAUGGGCUACUGGAGAACAAUUGCGCCAAUUUUUUGCAACUUUGCUGUUGUUUUGUGAGGUGUCAGAUCCACUUGCAUUGUGGAAUAAGCAUUUAGAACUUCUAACUGAUGGGAUUUUAUACAACAAACGAGAAGCAUUGAAUUUUCUAGAACAACAACUUAGUGAGAUGCAAAUUCAUAAUUAUGCUCUACAUGAGGUGGAUCAAAAUUUGAGGAAAAAUGGGAAGUCUCUAUGCGACUUUGAUGGCAUGCCAAUUCCUGAAUGA